CUUCCCUGGGCUGGCUGGGUGGGGGCCAUGGCCCUGGAUUGGUGCCCGCGUGGCGUCUCCGCUUGUCUGCGUGGCUGUUGCGUGCCUUGUGGGGCUCGCGUGCGGCUGGAUGCGAUGGGGCGCGCUCGGGUAGGGGGUCCCGGUGCCGGGAUUGGCGAUUGGACGGCGUAGGGUCGGUCGCCAACGGGCUUACACUCACAAGGGACUCACACGAUUACUGGGUUCUAGAUCACAGAGCUGAUUUGUGUACACUCCACCCCACAGGUGUCAAACCGAUUCCAGAAAGGGCCAAGUGGGUGCUAAAUUUCGUUCAUACCAAUACCGCGCAGAGAAUUUAACCAUUGAAUUCCUACUGAAACAAGCAGCACCUGACAAAGUUGAACUGAUUACACAUGUGAAAGAUCUGAUUGGUGAAAAGGUGUCCUCUUCAUUGGUUGGAAAGCAAACCUGCACCUACUUGGCCCUUUCUGGAAUCGUUUUGACACCUGUGCUCAACCCCUUUCAAUCACUUAGCUUAUAGACUCCCCCACCCCCGUCCCCCUCUUUCCCUGGUCAACAGGCCCCCCACAUGGUGUCAACCGGAAAUGCAUCUAGCUGACGAUAGCACCAACAUAUGUGUAGACCUCCAAUGUAUUUCUUGUUGUAGUUUGUGUUUCCCCAUAACCCCUUCCUGUUCGCUGCUUUGUCAUAAUAAACGAGGUAUGUUGAAUGAUCACAAUGGGAGUAUGUCAGACUCUUAAUGUGAAACAUUAAAACUGUUAAGACCAUCCGGGUACUUAAGACGUCCAUUUUCCGUGUCAAACAGCUGAACAGGACAGGUUUAAAAUAAAUAAAUAAAUAUAUUAAUAUUUGCUUUGCAGCAGAUCAACUUUUAAAUACGACAAGGCUUGGAAUUCCAUUUUUUCUUGAGUGAUCGGUCGUCCCCAGUUCGCUAGAAGUGAGAGAUGUUAUUUUUGCAGCCGAUUUUGACACAAGCAGGGGGGCUUUCUUGCUGCACGUUACCAUGGUGACUGUCACUCAAGUCUAAUUAAAACACACCCACACAAUUCACAUCUAGCAGUUUGCCAAAAGAUUUUUUUUUUUUUUACAUAUAUUUGGAGAAAAAGCUUGACCUUUUUAAGAGGUGCCCUCAAUUACAGCGCACAGGCUUUUAAUACUUAAAAUUUAAUGUGCUGAACAUAUCUUGAACCAGCUGUAACUGGAUACAGAACGUGGAGGUGUGUGUGUGCGUGCUUACGUGUGUGUGCUGGUGCCACAUAAGAUACCCUUACUGACAGAACGUCUGGGCGCGUGCGAGUGUCACCGUUUGUACAUUGGAUGGUCAAAUAAGUAAUAAUUUUUUUUUUUAAAUAGGCAUUUCCAAUGCAGGCUUUCUUUACUGGUUAAGAAUUGCUUAUUGUAUGUCCUACUCUAGUCUUUCCUGACCUCCCUUUUAACCUUUUAACCGCUGUACCACUUCCUCACAUGGAGUCCCAUCAGUAAAUAAACUCGUGACUACUUUGUUACGCUACCAUGUUUUCUGUAUCCUUAAAAUGAAGUGCUCUAUAUCUUUGUUUUAUGCAGUGUACUUCAAAUGGAUUAAACGUCUAUCAGUGGCAGCUAAUGACUCAAUUCUGACAAUUUUCUGUAUAAGCCUCCUGCUCCUCAACAUAGUGAACAUAAUGCAUUUCGCACCUGUCGAUAUUUUUAUCUUUUGGCUAACGGACUAUCUUUCCACUUGUUUACGCGUUAGGUGGGCCUUCUGUGUGUUUAAUUUGUGCAGGAACAUCAUCUCCUCAGUCCUAAUCCCUGCAUAAGAAGCCCCUGUGUGGUUUUGCACGUCAACAGAAGGCUGAGUAAUUAAUGCACAUUAGAGGGCCCAAUAAUCUUUGCUUGUCUCUGCAUGGUUGUCAUUCCAAACAGCCAUCUGUCUAUGCGUCCGUCCGUCCGUCCACCAAGCCAGUCGGAGUCUUAAUCCAGCCCGAGCUAAUCUUCCACUGAUCUGAGGAUUGCACUGCUGAGUUGCUGGGUUUCCUCUCACCUGCUGGCUGAAACAUGCUUGACUGACUGAGUGGUGGAGCUUCGAUGGACGAUGGCUGUCCGUCGAUCGCCGUCCUCUACCUGGACAGAGUCCAGAGGGAACGGACGAGGCUACGUCCCGGUGGCUACGGCUCUCAGCGAGUCCUCGUCCAUCCACAGCGACGCCCUCUACCAGCUGACCAGGGACGUGUCACGGGUGGGCCUGGAGCCGUUUACUGAGAGCAUUUUGGAAGUGGACGCUGAAAAAGAGGAGGCUUGGAAUGAGGAAGCUCAAAGUCUACUUAAGCGUCACAGCAUGCAGACUGAUGACAAGAUCCCCGUUGUCAGUUGUUCAUCAAGCCCCCAAGACAACGGCGAGGGCCUCCACUUCGCCGACGGCCGGCGGAAAGUCGACUAUGUCCUGGUUUUCCAUCAGCGCCGACACGCCUCCGUCCGCUCCCCCGCCAGCACAUCAGUCUCCCACGACCGACUCUCCAUCGUUUCCAACGGCAAUUUCCCGCCGUCGGGGGGCUCGGACGGCAAAGGAGGGGGAAGUAGCGGCGUCCUGCCGGGGGGCGAAGCCGUCAGUAUUGGCGAAGUGUUCAUGGAGCUGGACAGCGGCGGAGGCAAUGACGCGGCCGAGCCCGCCGACCAUGAGAUGCGGCUGAUCAGACAAGAGUUCGAAGCCAACCUGCUGGAGGCCGGAUUGGAGAUUGAACGAGACAGAGAGUUGAAGGCCCACAGUCUGAGCUUCACCCGCCUCCACGCGCCCUGGCCCGUUUUGUGCAGGGAGGCGGAAUUUCUGAAAAUUAAAGUCCCGACCAAGACGAGCUAUGAAAUUAAAGAGGAAAGCGCAUUCAGCAGCAGCGUGUGGAGGAAGCUGAAGCAGCCUUUCCAACCCAAAGUGCCCACUCAGGAUCAUGGACCCACCAAAUUUCUCACUCACUGCUUUUCCAGGGAUAAACUCCACCUGUACAACAUCACAUCAAAAGACACAUUUUUUGACAACGCCACAAGGGGCCGCAUCGUGUACGAGAUCUUGAGGAGGACUGUUUGCGCGCGGACCUGUCAAACUAUUGGUAUCACAACAUUGAUCGCAAAGGGUGUCUACGACGCUGCCUUCCCUCUUCACGAUGGAGAUUACAAUGCGACCGGACACCCCGAGGAGAGAAAUGACCGACAGGUUCUACAUGAAGAGUGGGCCAGAUACUCGGCCUUCUACAAGUACCAGCCUAUUGAUUUGGUCAGGAAGUACUUUGGAGAGAAGAUCGGUCUGUAUUUUGCCUGGCUUGGCGUUUACACUCAGUUGCUAGUGCCAGCGUCCAUCGUGGGAAUUAUUGUGUUUGGCUACGGGGUUGCAACAGUGGAUACCAAUAUACCCAGCCUAGAAAUGUGUGACGAGCGUCUUAAUUUCACAAUGUGUCCUCUCUGCGACGGAGCCUGCGACUUCUGGCGGCUAAGCACGGCCUGCGGCACGGCCAGAGCCUCGCACCUCUUCGACAACCCCGCCACUGUCUUCUUCGCCAUCUUCAUGUCGCUGUGGGCCGUGUUGUUCCUGGAGCACUGGAAGCGUCGCCAGAUCAGUUUGAGCUUCAGCUGGGAUUUAACUGGCAUCGAGGAUGACGAGGAACAUCCACGACCAAAAUAUGAAACCAUUCUUCUUCAGAAGAGGCAGCGGAAGCAGAAAAAGAAGAAAAAAAAGAAAAAGAAUCAGCCAGUGAAGCAAGAGGAUGGGACAGUGACAGGGAAGGACAGAUGGAGGAGAAACCUACUUUUAGCAAUGGCUGCAGGAACACCGGUUGCCAUUGAGAAGUUAACCUGGAAAGACCGCCUUCCUGGAUAUUGCAUUAAUGUUUCCUCCAUUUUGUUUAUGUUCGGAUUGACCUUUUCAGCCGUUUUCGGCGUCAUCAUCUACCGCAUUACAGUGUCUGCGUUAAUGGCAAUGAGCCCUGACCCGGAGACAAAGUCCAACGUGCGCGUGACAGUGACAGCUACGGCAGUCAUCAUCAAUCUGGUGGUUAUUCUCAUCCUGGAUGAAAUUUACGGCGCCGUGGCGGUUUGGCUGACCGAGUUAGAGAUUCCCAAAACGGAGACCAACUUUGAAGAGCGCCUUAUCCUCAAGGCCUUUUUGCUCAAAUUCAUGAACGCGUACGCGCCCAUUUUUUACGUGGCUUUUUUCAAGGGAAGGUUUGCAGGUCGACCGGGAAGUUACGUGUACGUCUUUAACGAUUAUCGAAUGGAAGAGUGUGCACCAGGUGGCUGCCUCAUUGAGUUGUGCAUCCAGCUCAGCAUCAUCAUGCUUGGGAAGCAACUCAUCCAGAACAACAUAUUUGAGAUCGGCAUCCCGAAGUUGAAGAAGCUGGUGCGUACGCUGAAGGAUAAAGGAGGCGCCGAGAAGGAGGAGGAAGAGGAGAGGCCUCCCCAGCAGUGGAACCUGGACUACGCCCUCGCUCCCUUUGAAGGCCUCACGCCGGAAUACAUGGAAAUGAUAAUCCAGUUUGGCUUCGUCUCGCUCUUCGUGGCCUCGUUCCCGCUAGCUCCCCUUUUCGCCUUGCUGAACAACGUAAUCGAGAUCCGACUGGACGCCAAGAAGUUUGUCACAGAGCUCCGACGGCCGGUCGCCGUCCGCGCCAAAGAUAUCGGGAUAUGGUACAACAUACUGAGUGGCAUGGGCAAAUUCUCAGUCAUCAUAAAUGCCUUUGUGAUAUCCUUCACGUCGGACUUCAUCCCCCGCCUGGUCUACCAAUACAUGUACAGCCAAUCGGGGACCAUGCACGGCUUCAUCGACCACACGCUCUCCUACUUCAACGUGUCCAACUUUAAACCCGGCACGGCGCCGCAGAACUCCCACCACGGCGACGUCACCGUGUGCAGGUAUAAAGACUACAGAGAACCCCCUUGGUCUCCAGAUGCGUAUCACUUCUCCAAACAGUACUGGUGCGUCCUGGCAGCGAGAUUGGCUUUCGUCAUCCUUUUCCAGAACUUGGUGAUGUUCCUAAGCUUAGUAGUGGCUUGGGUGAUUCCAGAUAUCCCCAAAACUAUCGUGGAGCAGCUGAAACGAGAAAAGAAACUGCUGGUCGACCUCUUCCUACGGGAGGAGAAGGACAAAUUUCAGCUCAUCCAGAGCCUCUUCGCCAAGGACGCCUCAGUACCACAAGGCGGGCACGUCAUCCCCCUUCCGGGGCGCUACAGCACCUUACCCCAGUGUGCGACGCAGGCGCCGGUCGGGGACGACGGAGGAGGGCCCAGGGCGAGGUGCAGGGCGGCCAGUUUCAAUUUGUACACUAGGAAGUUUCCGACGUCACCCAGAAAUGAAAAUUCCAGACACACAGCUGUGUGAUCACAUUUUUUCGGAUUCAAUUAAAUGUGUUGACCUGAACAAGUGUUAUUUAAUUUUGUUUACUUCAGUGAAGCUUAUAGCUUCAUUGCGUAAUAAGCAAUAAUACUGUAUUAGGCUGAAAAACAUUUUAAAAGACAAGUAGGAUGUCUUAAAUUAUGGACCGUGGAUACAUCAUAAAAACAUCAUUGUAACUUUAGCACUAGUUGAUCCAGAUGUAUCCAAAACAAGUGGACUCCUGUGGAUUUUUUUUCCUCUGAUAAAUGAAUGGAUGGAUUUUGUCUCAGUGAACCUUCAUGGAAUAUUACUGCUUCAUGUGCUUAAUAAUGCUCUUUGUAUAUAUUUAUUUUGAAAGGGAACUCGUAGCAACAACAGAUUCUAUAGACGUAUGUAUUGUUAGUGGCAGCAAUCACUUCUGUUUACAUUGACUGUCUCGUUUUGUUGCCACUCAUUGUUUUUCCAGUACGCUUAUGACCCUCCACGUUCGACACGGUAAGAUUAUACGCCAAUUUGCUCAAGUGAUGUUUGAUGCUAUUUACUCUCAACUCUUUUUAGAAUGUGAACAUUUGUUACUGCCCUGAAACUGUGCACACAGAGUUCCUCAUCGGAGCAUUCAAGCACACGGUUUUCAUUCAUUUGACUUAAUUGAGAGUAUUCACUGUUUUGUUUAUGCCCAUGUUAAGUCAUAAGAACACGCUGCAAAAUGUCACUUGUGUUUCCGAGGCCUUGUAAGUGCUCUUGUUUUGUCAUGACAUAACAGAACGCCUGUGUUCUUACUUACUAAUAAGAAGCAGACUGUUACAUUCGUUCUGUAGUUUAGAUUGAUUUAUAAUGAGCACAUUGUAACUGUGGUACAUGCUUAAGAUUAUGUACUGUAGGCAUACAUGAAUACACAAUUUUUAGAUGUCCUAUUGGAACAUUAUUGUGAAUUGCUUUUUAUCUCAUUAUUAUCUUUUUCGAUUUAAUUUCUGCGUUUCUUAAAAGGAAAGUCCAAAAGGGUUUUAAAUUGAGACUCAAAUGAAGACAAUACAGCGAUAUGUUAUCAUAUAACAUGUAACCUGUAAGCAAAUACAGUACUGUGCUGCAAUUCUGUCAGUUAAUGCUCAAUUUCUCCCAGAAAAUGAUAGCAAUUAGAAGUCCUUUGGUUGUAAUAUCUACAUUUAUUUUGCUUGCAAUGAAAAAACACAAACGAGAAUGGGAAAGAAAAUUAAAUCAUCAUUUUACACAAAAAUAUUGGCACCCUCAGCCUAACAUUUGGUAGCACAACCUUUAGACAAAAUAACUGCGAACAACCGCUUCCGGUAUCCAUCAGUGAGUUUCUUACAAUGCUCUGCUGGAAUUUUAGAUCAUUGUUCUUUGGCCAACUGCUCCAGGUCUCUGAGAUUUGAAAGGCGGGGGACCACCCUGGAUUCCGGGGGGUGGGACGAGGGCUCCUUUGCUGGGCUGCGGGAGGAGGGAUGGGCUGUGCCACGCCCCCCCCAGGGCCCGCCUUCCCUUCCCUGGCUGGCUGGGUGGGGGCCGUGGCCCUUGGUCGGCGCCCGCAUGGCGUCUCCGGUCGUCUGCGUGGCUGCUGCGUGCCCGGCGGGGCCCGCAUGCAAUGUUAGUGGGCGCGCUCAGGCGGGGGGUCCCGGUGCCAGGAUUGGUGGCGGGGCGGCGCAGGGUCGGUCGCCAACGGGCUUACAUUCACUAGGGAUUCACACUAUUACUGGGUUCUAAAUCACAGAGAUGAUUUUUGUGCACUCUACCCCUUUCUAUCAGUUAGCUUAUAGACUCCCCCACCUUCUUCCCCCUCUUUCCCUGGUCAACAGGCCCCCCACAUGGUGUCAACUGGAAAUACAUUUAGCUGACGAUAGCACCAACAUAUUAGUAGUUAGUGUAGUUAGGUGUUAAAUGUAUUUCUUGUUGUUGUGUUUCUUCUCUUUCUUCUGUUGUGUUUCUUUUCUUCUGUUCCCCCAUAACCCCUUCCUGUUCGCUGUUUUGUCAUAAUAAAUGAGGUAUGUUGAAUGAUCACAAAGGGAGUAUGUCAGACUCUCAAUGCGAAACAUUAAAACUGUUCAGACUAUCCGGGCACAUAGACUUCCAUUCUCUGUGUCAAACAGCGGAGCAGGACAGGUUAAAAAAAAUUUUUUUUUUAAAUGAAGGGUGCCUUCUCCAAACUGCCAUUUUCAGAUCUCUCCACAAAUGUACUGUGGGAUUAAGGUCUGGGCUCAUUGCUUGCCACUUUAGAAGUCUCCAGUGCUUUCCCUCAAACCAUUUUCUAGUGCUUAUUGAAGUUUGUUUUGGGUCAUUGUCCUGCUGGAAGACCCAUGAGCUCUGAGGGAGUGCCAGCUUUCUCACACUGGGCCCUACAUUAUGCUGCAAAAAUUGUUGGUAGUCUUCAGACUUCAUAAUGCCAUGCAUACAGUCAAGCAGUCCAGAGCAAGAGGUAGCAAAGCAACCCCAAAACAUCAGGGAAACUCCACCAUGUUUGGCUGUGGGGAUUGUGUUCUUUUCUUUCAAGGCGUCGUUUUUUUCCCCCUCGUAAACCCUGUGUUGAUGCCUUUUCCCAAAAAGCUCUACUUUUUGUCUCAUCUAACCAGAGAACAUUCUUCCUAAACGUUUUUGGCUUUCUCAGGUAAGUUUUGGCAAACUCCAGCCUGGCUUUUGUAUGUCAAUGGGUCAGAAGUGGGGUCUUCCUGACUAUCCUACCAUAGAGUCCCUUUUCAUUCAUAUGCUGAUGGAUAGUCAGGGUUGACACUGUUGUACUCUCGGACUGCGGGACAGCUUGAACUUGUUUGGAUGUCGUCGAGUUUCUUAUUCCACAAUCCGCACAAUCUUUCGUUGAAAUCUCUCAUCAAUUUUCCUUUUCCGUCCACAUCUAGGGAGGUUAGCCACAGUGCCAUGGGCUUUACACUUAUUGAUGACAGUGUGCACAGUAGACACAGGAACGUACAGGUCUUUGGAAAUGGACUUGUAGCCUUGAGAUUGCCCAUGCUUCCUUAAAAUUUUGCUUCUCAAGUCUUCAGACAGUUCUUUGGUUUUCUUUCUUUUCUCCAUGCUCAAUGUGGUACACGCAAGGACACAGGAGACAGGUUGAGUCAACUUUAAUCCAUUUUAACUGGCUGCAAGUGUGAUUUAGUUAUUGCCACCACCUGUUAUGUGCCACAGGUAUGCAGAGGCGUAGCAAGGGUCCCCGGGGGCCCCAGGCAACAAGCAACAUGGGGCCGUUCAUGCGUGUGCAAGUACGGGGGACAGUUGGACUUGGAGCAAUAGCAUAUUUAAUAAAAGUAUAAUAACGCCACGGUCUCAUAGAUCGCUUUUUAGGACACUCAAAGUGCUUGGCUUCUACUACAUUAGACAUAAAACUACACUAACAUAGUACACUCACCGCUGUCUGGCUUCCUUUUCUCCUCUUCUGCUUUUUUAUUCUUUCUUUUGUCACUUCCAGAAGGAUAAAUUCUCUUUAUUUUGGAUAUACGGCAAUUUAAAAAAAAAAAGCUAAAUCACCGCUCACUCUCACUCUGAGUCACGUGAGGGGCUGGGGGUGUGGAGCGAGUGGAGGGGCCCCUUCAGGGAACUCAGACACAAGGCUAAAGCUGCGUGUGCUAAAUCUGUUGGCCCUUUGGGGGCCCUAGGCAAUUGCCUGGUUUGCCUAAUGGGACGUGAUGCCUCUGCAGGUAAGUAACAGGUGCUGUUAAUUACACAAAUUAGAGAUGCAUCACAUGAUUUUUCAAAGGGUGCCAAUACGUUUUUUCGGCCCAUUUCUGGAGUUUUGAAUUAAAUGAUGUUUUUUUUUUUCCCAUUUGUUUUUUCAUUGCAAGCAAAAUAAAAGAAGCUAUUACUAUCAAAGCAUUUGUAAUUUCAAUCAUUUUCUUGGAGAAAUUGAGCAUUAUCUGACAGAAUUGCAGUGGUGCCAAUUCUUUUGGCCUGCACUGUAGAUACGAGCCUCCUAUUGGAUAAUUACAUCUCGCGGUCGUGGAACAGAUGUUGGUCUAUUUGACAAGGGUCAUUCAUCGAGCAGACAAAACUUUUAAGGAGAUUGCAGAAACUACUAAAAUUGGGGUAAGAGCUGUCCCAUGCAUUCUUGAAAACUGAAAGGAUAUCAUUGUAACAGUGAUUGGCGUUUAAUUGGUCGCAAAUUAGUCGCGUCGGUUGGCGUAAUUUUUGCUUGCAGGUGUGUGCCAAACAAUUCGUUUGAAAUGCAUUUUUCCCUCUCUAAAGAUUAACAUGACAGUUUCACCACUUACAAGCAAAAAACAUGAUUCAAACCUUGUUUCAUUACAGUGCGAGAUCACGUAAUGUGUCAUGUCAGCGUCUCAUUUAGGAAUAUCACAGUGGGUUUGGCAACACGCUGAUUGCGGCAAUCCGUUUGUAAUAGCUGUUCUUACGAUUACCUCUUGCAGUGGAAAGAAAUUGGCAAGAGAGUAAGAGAAUAACAAAAGAAAGUGCUGCAGCGAAAUGUAAGCAAAAGCACUCCUGCGAGUGAUGUUGAAUGAGGCCAAGUGCUUGCGAGGAGUUAUGUGACAGGAAAAAGACCUUUCAGUUUAUUUUACAUGCAAAUGCUUGUCGUUAAUGUUGUACUGUUACAUAAAAUGCACUUUCCUUUCACCCACGAUUAAAACUCUAAUGCAAUUUCGCAUUGGAAUGUGAAUAAUCCCAGUUCCAAUGGAUUGGACGUCUGUCGCCGUCCUUUUGCAAUUUUUCUGUGACUUUUUACCAAGGACGUACAUUUUUUGGUAGGGACCAGUGGCGGACUUGGCAAUUUUGGGGCCUAAGGCAAACAUAUCCAGGGGCCCCUGUUGUGCCGAAAAAUAGCCGCCCCGCGUGAAAUGUCCCCCCUGACGGGAACGCUUAUUUAUAACCAGGGCCGGCCCAGCCUAUACGCAGACUAUGCAGCUGCAUAGGGCCCCUGACCACUUGGGGGCCCCCAAUCUAGUAAUAGUUUUUUUUUUUUUUUAACUACAGUUUGCUUUAUUUGACUUUUGUGAGUUUUGAUACUUGAUUACAAACUUAAAAAAAAAAAAAAUAGAAGUUCUUCCUUAACUUCUUUCUUUCCUCUUUUAGAAAAAGGUUUGGCGCUAUCUAUUGUAAGUACUGACAAUCAUUUGGGGGGAGAAGUUUUAAGAAUACAGUGCAACAAAAUCUGAUUAAUAUACAAAAUAUCGACGUAUGGGUUGGAUUGCAUGUAUAGGUUUCACAGUAUACUGCAGGGGUCAGCAACCCUGGUCCUUGAGUGCCACUAUCCAGCUUG